AUGGAGGCUUUGGGAGAGGCGCUUUCCUGCCCAGUGUGCUUGGAGCUGUUCACUCCACCAGUGCUGGUCCUAACUUGUGCUCAUAACUUCUGCAAGCAAUGCCUGGAAAAGAUCCUCAUCCACCAAAACUGCAGUCAUGUUAACGGACAGUUCUGUUGUCCUAUGUGCAGGAAAGUCAUAUAUUUGAGGGGCAGAGGAAUAAUUGGAUUACCGAGAAAUAUUCUGGUUGAAAGUAUAUUGGAAAAAUUUAAGGAUGAACUUGAAAACAUUCGUGCCCAGGAGCAAAACCAGCUGUCCCAAAUAUGUGAAGAACAUGGGGAAAAUAUGAAUUUGAUGUGUCUGACUGAUGAUGAACCAAUUUGUGCAAUCUGCAAGAUCUUUGGAAACCAUGAGCAUCACAGUGUUGCAAAAAUGUCUGAAGCUUACACAGCAAGAAAAAUGACUUUUAUUAAAGAUAUAGACUUGUUGCUUCAGAAAUCUGAAGGCACAGUACAAGCUAGGAAGGAAACAGAGAAGCUGAUCAAUGAACUCCUAUCCAGCACUACAGACACCAAGGUGAUGAUUGACACAGUUGGGAUCAGUUUACUUAAAGGGAUAAGGUGCAGAAUUGCAGAACUGAAGACAAAAUUACACAACGACUAUUCAACAAAAUUAGAAAAACUGCACCUAGUAGAGAGUGAAACUGAAGCCCCCAGGCAGCUUUAUCAGCAAAUGAAAACUCUUUUGGAACAACAUUCAAAUUCAGUACAAUUUCUUCAAGAGGAUAAAAAACUCAGGAGCAAGAUGGAAAAACUUAUAGAAGGAAGGUCAUUGUAUCAGGAUCCAUCAAAGUAUAAAAUUUCUGUGCGACGAUAUUUUGAAGAAUUGAUCAGAGGAAUCAACAUCAAGGAUUAUAUCUCUACUACAUCAGAUGACAUGCUUGCAAGUACUAGUGACCUGUAUGAAGCACGCAGGCCAGAAUGCCCUGCUUUUGCUUUUUCAGGUGAAAGUCCUGAUCAGUCCUUCUGCAGAAGAGUAUUAGGCUUAUUUGAGAAAUCAGGUAGCAGGGAGCAAGAUCUUUUCACAAAAGCAUCUUGCCCUGACUGUAGCAAUACACGAGGUACUAGCACUGAUUCUUCAUUCUUGAAAGAUUAG